AUGCGGCCUGCCCAUCAAAACCGAGCAUUUCCCAAGUCAGCCUCAAGACAAGGAUCAAUUCUGAGGAAGAAGUUUGAGUGUUUGUAUGAGGUAACAUCAAAUGAGAGAAACCCAACACUACUGAAUGAGAUCUACACAGAGCUCAACAUCAUAGAGAGUGAAAGUGGAGAGAUCAGUAAUGAACAUGAGGUGAGACAGAUUGAGACACAAUCCAGAAGAACAACAACAGAUGAUAAACCAAUCAAAUGUAAUGACAUCUUUAAGCCUUUACGUGAACAAGACAAACACAUCAGAAGUGUGCUGACAAAGGGAGUCGCUGGCAUUGGAAAAACAGUCUCUGUACAGAAGUUCAUUCUGGACUGGGCUGAAGAGAAAGAGAAUCAGGACGUCCACCUCAUAUUUCCACUUACUUUCAGAGAGAUCAAUCUAAAGAAGAACAAAACACUCAGUCUUUUAGAUCUUCUUCAUCUUUUCUUCCCAGAGACAAAAGAAAUUGAAGUCUUCAGUGAUGAAUAUAAAGUGUUGUUCAUCUUUGAUGGUUUGGAUGAGUGUCGUCUGUCUCUGGAUUUUCACAGCAGUGUGAGGUCGUGUGAUGUACGUAAAUCAACCUCAGUGGACGUGAUGCUGACAAACCUCAUCAAGGGGAAUCUGUUUCCUUCUGCUCUCAUCUGGAUCACCUCCAGACCAGCAGCAGCUGAUCUCAUCCCCUCUGAGUGUGUUGAUCGAGUCACAGAGGUACGAGGCUUCAGUGAUCCACAGAAGGAGGAAUACUUCUGGAAGAGAAUCAGAGAUGAGAGUCUGUUUGAUCAAAUCAUCUCACAUCUGAAGUCAUCCAGGAGUCUCUACAUCAUGUGUCACAUCCCAGUCUUCUGCUGGAUUUCGGUCACUGUUCUAGAGAGAAUAUUGAGUGAAGCAGAGAGUCAAGAGAUCCCCAAGACUCUCACUCAAAUGUACACACACUUCCUGAUCAUUCAGACAAACAUCAAACAUCAGAAGGACUAUGAGAAGAAAGUGAAAGACGAAGACAUGAUCUUCAAACUGGGGAAACUGGCUUUUGAGCAGCUUAUGAAAGGCAAUCUGAUCUUCUAUGAUGAAGACCUGAGAGAGUGUGGCAUUGAUGUAGCAGAAGAAUUAGUGUACUCAGGAUUGUGUACUCAGAUCUUCAGAGAGGAGUUGGGCUUGAAUCAGGAGAAAGUUUACUGCUUUGUUCAUCUCGGCAUCCAGGAACAUCUAGCAGCUCUUUAUGCUCACAUCUCCAUCACAAACUACAACAGAUAUGUGUUUGAUCAAACUUCUAAACCAGGUUGGUUUUCUUACCUUUUGGGCAAAUUAAAACUUAAAUCAUCAGAACAGGAUUCAUUAUCUGAGUUACAUCAGCGAGCUGUAGAUGAAUCUUUAAAGAGUAAGAAUGGACAUCUGGAUCUUUUCCUGCGUUUUCUUCUGGGUCUUUCACUGGAGUCCAAUCAGAUUCUCCUACAGGAUCUACUGUCACAUAUGAAAAGAUGCUACUACAAGAAAGAGAAAACAGUUAAGAAAAUUAAACAAAAGAUGAUUGAGAAUCUGUCUACAGAGGAAUACAUCAAUCUGAUUCAUUGUCUGAAUGAACUGGGUGAUGAUUCACUACUGCAGGAGAUUCAACGUUAUAUUAAAUCUGCAUCAAUAGGGAAGACCAAACUCUCCUCUUCACAGUGGGCAGCUUUAGUUUUUGUGUUGUUGACGUCUGAGCAGCAUCUGGAUGAACUUAAUCUAAAACCAUUUAUUGGAGAUAAAAAUACAGCAGAUGAAGCUCUUGUGAAACUUCAGCCUGUGAUUAAAGAAACAAAAAAGCUACAGUUGAGUAGGUGUAAUAUCACAGAUGAAGGUUGUGUUGCUCUGAAUUCAGCUCUGAAAUCAAACCCAUCACAACUAAGAGAUCUGAAUCUGUCUUAUAAUUAUUAUCUAAGAGAUUCAGGAGUAAAGCUGAUCUCUGAUGUACUGAAGAAACCUGACUGUAAACUGAAGAUACUGGAGUUGUGUUUGUGUAAUAUCACAGAUGAAGGUUGUAUUGCUCUGACUUCAGCUCUGGAAUCAAACCCGUCACACCUGACACAUCUGAAUCUGUCUGAUAAUAAACUAAGUGUUAAAGGAGUGAAGCUUAUCUCUGAUGUUCUAAAGAAUCCGGACUGUAAACUGAAGAUACUGAAGUAA